UAAUAAUCUUCUUCCUCUUGUUCUUCUAUAAGUAGAGACUUGGCGACUCUGAUCUGCCGGCCUCCUUGCAGCAACCCUUCUUCUUCUUCUUCUUCUUCUUCUUCUUCCUCUGAUCCUCCAUUGCUGCAAAAGAAGAAGAGGUAGACGAAGGAGGAGGAGAUCAGGUGAUCAUGGGGACUCAGGUGGCAGAUAACUACCCACCGGCCAAGGAUGGCCGGAGCGCGCAGGAGAAGGCGAUCGACGACUGGCUUCCCAUCACGUCGUCCAGGAACGCCAAGUGGUGGUACUCCGCCUUCCACAAUGUCACCGCCAUGGUCGGCGCCGGCGUCCUCAGCCUCCCCUACGCCAUGUCCGAGCUCGGCUGGGGACCUGGCAUCGCGGUGCUGAUCCUGUCAUGGAUCAUCACGCUCUACACGCUGUGGCAGAUGGUGGAGAUGCACGAGAUGGUGCCCGGGAAGCGGUUCGACAGGUACCACGAGCUCGGGCAGCACGCGUUCGGCGAGAAGCUGGGCCUCUGGAUCGUGGUGCCGCAGCAGCUCGUCGUCGAGGUCGGCGUCAACAUCGUGUACAUGGUCACCGGCGGCAAGUCGCUGAAGAAGUUCCACGACGUGCUCUGCGAGGGCCACGGCUGCAAGAACAUCAAGCUCACCUACUUCAUCAUGAUCUUCGCCUCCGUCCACUUCGUCCUCUCGCAGCUCCCAAACUUCAACUCCAUCUCCGGCGUGUCCCUCGCCGCCGCCGUCAUGUCGCUCAGCUACUCCACCAUCGCGUGGGGCGCGUCGGUGGACAAGGGGAAGGUGGCCGACGUCGACUACCACCUGCGCGCCACGACGUCGACGGGGAAGGUGUUCGGCUUCUUCAGCGCGCUGGGCGACGUCGCGUUCGCGUACGCGGGGCACAACGUGGUGCUGGAGAUCCAGGCGACCAUCCCGUCGACGCCGGAGAAGCCGUCCAAGAAGCCGAUGUGGAAGGGCGUCGUCGUCGCCUACAUCAUCGUCGCGCUCUGCUACUUCCCCGUGGCGCUCGUCGGAUACUGGGCGUUCGGCAACCACGUCGACGACAACAUCCUCAUCACGCUCUCCAGGCCCAAAUGGCUCAUCGCGCUCGCAAACAUGAUGGUCGUCAUCCAUGUCAUCGGGAGCUACCAGAUCUACGCCAUGCCGGUGUUCGACAUGAUCGAGACCGUGCUCGUCAAGAAGCUCAGAUUCCCUCCCGGCCUCACGCUUCGCCUCAUCGCAAGAACACUCUACGUUGCGUUCACCAUGUUCAUCGCGAUCACCUUCCCGUUCUUCGGUGGAUUGCUUGGGUUCUUCGGUGGAUUCGCCUUCGCGCCAACUACUUACUUCCUUCCCUGCAUCAUGUGGCUAGCAAUCUACAAGCCAAGAAGGUUCAGUCUCUCAUGGUUCACCAACUGGAUCUGCAUCAUUCUUGGAGUGAUGCUCAUGAUCCUGUCACCAAUCGGAGGACUCCGGCAGAUCAUCAUAGAUGCCAAGACAUACAAGUUCUACUCGUAGAUUACAUGUUCAUCAUAGUAAUCUCAUGUGGCUGCAAGUUCAAGUUCUACUCAUAGGCACACAUGAUGAAACCAGUUACUGCAAAAGUUUUUUUUUUAGCCAACAAAGGAAGAAGAAAGUUCAACACCAAGUUCAUACAUUGUCACUACGACGAUGAUCUUUUGAGACGUGUCAUGCAUGCAUCAGUCGUUAAUUAUGUGACUUAAUUAAAAACAAAGAGGUUGUGUUUGUGCAUUGUCGCUGGGUUAAUCAUACUGUGUUUUUAUAUUUCAAUCUACUAUUAUAUUGUAGGCUGGACAUGGAAACUGUGUGCAGAAAGAUGAAAGGGAUGGAUAAUUACUGGUUGAUUCUUUUGCUUUCAA